CUAAUACUUAAAACUAAAGACAGAUUAGGAUAGGAGGAGGUGGUGAUUUCUAGUUGGAUAAGAGGAGAUGAUGUUGAACAUGGGGUGGAGGUGAUACAGUCAAAGAAAAACGAAUAAGUGAGAGAAAAAGUUGAUUGUCCUAACAAAAAACAGAAAUUAGAAGAGCCAUAGAAGUGGCACUUUCAUAGUUUUCGAAAUACACUUAUCUUUAUAUAUCUCUCUUGUGACUACUACUACUAACUACUGGAGAACUAUCAAGCACAACCUCUUGAAUUUUUAGAAGGUACUCAGAUUCCUCGAUUACCGGUGGUUAUCUAUUAUCAUCUGUACACCCCGAUUGACUUGAAUUUUUAUCCUGAAAUACUACUACUUAAGAUUUAGCAUUGACGACCUCUUGACGAUUUGGCUUUAAAUACAGUGAAGAGGACAAAGUUGUUCAAAGUGAAGUGAUCCAAGUAUAACAGAACUCUUAAUUCAGACUAUUCUAAUAAUAAUAAUAAUAAUAAUCAUUCUAGAGGGAGAAAAAAUAAUAAUAAUAACGGAUUCUUAUUUCUCCCUCUUUGUGUCUCUAACAAUUACAUACAUACACAGUCUAGUGUUUCCAAUUCUCAAGGCAGACGAAGAACAAGAGGACAAAAAGCUUUUUUUCAACAAGAUAACAACUUAAAACAUCAUCUUCAGUGAUAUCAACAUCACCACUCCAGCAUAAAGUACUCAUACAUAUCCGCCAAUCGAACAAGACAGUGUACUUUUUGUGUGUUUAACAACCAACAGGAGGACAACAACUGCAUCAUCAACAGCAACAACGAAAAAAAAAGAGUAAGAUUAUAAUAAUAAUAAUCAUAACAGUAAUUAUAAUUUGAAACAAUUCAAGUGAUUUCAGUUCAAGUACUUCUCACAAUCGCCUAUUCAUCACCGCCAUCAACAUCAUCAUCAAGUCAUAAGAAUACGAAGACAAAAAAAAGAAAAGACAAAGCAGAGAGAUUCGUUGUUAUCUUUCUGUGAUUUUUGAAGUGUACUCUGUCUCUUCAUACAUACACACAUACUUACUCUUGGCUAGUAUUCAACAACUUCACAGAGAAGUGUGAUAAUUCAUUUUUUAAAACAAAUACUUUAAUUCUUCAAAAAUCAAAUCAAAUAUCAUCUCCCCAUACGAGGAUUACAAGAGACUCUUAACAGAGGAUAAGAAGAAGAAAAAAUAGAGAGAACUGGAAGUUGUAUUGUGAACAGUGUACUCGACAAGUAUCAUCCUCUAAUUGCCCUGGUCAGAAUCACCUUGAUUGUGUGUGUGUUUUUGUAAUUGAUUUCCUGUUGAAAAAUCAAUCCCAAAACUUCAAGAAUUAGAGGAAGAAGAAGAAAACCUCUUGAAAUAAAAAGAAGUCACUAUGGACACACAAUUAUUGGCACAAAGUUUCAAUUUGAAUGAAGUAACCGGUAGUCAAACAAAUAAUCUAAAAUUAUCCUCAGAACAUCUCAAUGAAUUAUCUCCUCAAACAAACGAUUCCAGCGGAUUUAUAUCCCAUCGUUCAAUGAAUAAUUAUAGUAGUGGUAAUAAUAAUCGUAUGAGUGCAUUAUUUUGGUCUGGUCAACAAUCAAAUCAACUGUUAGAUGAAAAUUCACCAAUAAAUACUACUACUAAUAAUAACAGUAAUAAUUUAAGUAUUGCAGCAGGCAGUGUAUUUGGAGGCAAUUCUUCUAAUUCUGUCGAUAUGAAUCCAAUUGAAUCAAGUGUGUUGAAUUCAGUAAAUGCUGUAUCCGCUGCUUCAUGGUAUGGUGUGGCGGCAGCUGCAGCCGCUGCGAAUGAUCCACGGCUGAACAAUGAAUACAAUGAAUACGUUUCACGUUUAAUGGGAGUGACUAAUGCUGCAAUGGCUGGCGGUUGUUAUCCAGGACAUUUAAGUCCUUCUGGAUUCAGUGGAAAUUAUGCUUUAUCAAAUAUCAAUAACAAUAAUUCUAAUAUUUCUACUGGAUCAAAUGAAUUCUUAAGUUCACAUUUCUCUACAAGAACACGAAGUAACAGUCCAAGAUCUUCAGCAAUAGCAGCAGCAGUAGGCGGAGCAAUAUCAGCAUCAUUACCUACUGGUGCAAGUCCGUAUAAUAAUAAUAAUAUGAAUAGCAGUAAUAAUAGUAAUAGUAAUAAUCGAUUUCCACGUGGACGAUAUCCGAAUAAUGUAUCAUGUAAUUCACCAGUAAACACGAUGCAAUCGAAUCGACGUAUUGACUCAUUAGAUUAUCAUAAUUCACCAAUGAGUACAUUUCAUUUGAAUAAUAAUAAUAAUCCUAAUAAUAGUAAUAAUAACAAUAAUAUAAAUAAUGCUCCUAAUAAUAAUAAUACUGCUGCAAUGUUGGCCUAUGAGAAGCAUCAGAAAGCUGUAGCUGUAGCCGCUGCAGCUGCAGCAGCUGUUGCAGCCAACACUGGUGGAGGCGUGCCAAAUUCACAAACUAAUCAAUAUAAUGCAUUAAAUUCACAUCCAUUCAAUCCUGCAUUGAAUUCACAACAAUCCUAUCAGCAUCAGCAUCACCAUCAUCAACAUCAACAUCAUUUACAACAACAAAUUCAAUCUCCUCAAGCUGGAUGUGGUGGCAACAGUAACAAUGGUGGUGGUGGUGGUGUCUCAAUGGCAGCAGCUGCUGCAGCUGCUGCAGCGGCUAUGCAUUCUCUGCAUAAUGUUGCUGCAGCAGCUGCUGUGCACACUGGGCAUACAACAAGUGGUGGUGUACAUACAGCGACGAAUACUUUUCGUGGUUUAUCACAACGUCGAAAAAGACGAGUACUGUUUACACAAGCUCAAGUAUAUGAAUUGGAGAGGCGUUUUAAACAACAAAAAUAUUUGUCUGCACCAGAAAGGGAACAUCUUUCACAAUUGAUUAAUUUAACGCCUACACAGGUUAAAAUAUGGUUUCAAAAUCAUCGUUAUAAGUGUAAACGUGCUCAAAAAGACAAAGAAGCCUCAUCGAUCAGUGAUCAUCACUCAACACCGAAUACAAUGGAUCUACGCAAUGAGACAAUGAAUACUAAUAAUUUAUCUGUUAAUGACAGGACUGGGAUGAAUCGUCGAUCAGUAAACGAUCUAUUAGACAAUCCUUUAUUAUCUUCAUCUUCAAUAAAUACAACCAAUUCUAUAAAUCAUAGAAAACUUGGUUUAAAUUUAACUGACCAGCAUUCAGUUAAUUCUGAUAUAUCAAAUUGUUCUGAAUCUUCAUCAGUUGAAGAGUAUCAUGUUGAUGGUCAUUCUCAUUUAAUGCAUACAAUUGAUGGUGGGAAAAUACGACUGCGUAGUCCAGACUUUCGUAUAAAAGCACAAGCAUGCAACAGAAGUAAUGGUAAUAAUAAUAACAAUAAUAAUACUAAUAACUAUGAUUGUAUCCCACCAACUCUACGUUGUAAUGAUAGGAAUGAAUUAGAUUUAAUUAAAAGUGCUAAUCUUAUGACACAGCAGCAGCAGCAACAACAACAACAAAAUCAACCACAUAAUCAGUCAACAAUUGAUACACCUUUUGAUUUUUUCGGUUACAAUGAUUUACUACUAAAUACUAAUAAUUAUGCAUUAAAACAAGGUGGUCGUUCAAUGUUCAAUUAUCCAACGAAUCAGCUGUCAUCAACACCUAUACCUGUACCAUCGAAUUUUCAGGCAUCAUAUGAAAAUGAACGAAAUGAAAGUAUAUCACCUAAAUCUAAAAUAUCAGAAUUAACUAAUAAUCAAAUAACGACAGGAAAUUAUGCCAAUAAUCCCUUUUCCAAUUAUCCAUUUGUACCAAAUUCAAAUUAUUACGCAAACUAUAAUACAUCACCAACAUAUUUACAGAAUUUUCUAACUGCAAAUGAUCGCAAUAAUGUAAAUGCUACUAGUCCUUCUCUUAUGGAUAAUAAUAAUAACAAUAAUAAUCAAAACAGUGCAAGUCCAAUUGAAUCGAAUUUAAAUGAAAUAAAUAAAUCACUGAAUUUAACCAUGGCAACGGCGGCAACAACAACUAUAACACCGACAAUGACAACAACAACUAUAACACCACCAUUAUCUUCAACAUCAUGUUUCACACCAAGUCAACUAGUAGCUGCAGCUUCUUUAUUAAAUUCUAGAUCAGAUUUAUGUAAAACAUCACCAUCAUUAUCGUCAUCAUCAACAACAGCACCAUCGUUAUUUCAGUCAACACGUACAACAACACCGAGUAAUGUAAAAAAUUAUUCACUAACAAAUACACUCUCUGAUGUUAACAAUAUUACGAUGAAUACUGAUCAGUUGAUGAGUGAACAACAGAAAUUCUGUAUGAAAAAUAUCAAACAUGAAUCAAUUUUAGACAAUCAACCGGAGGAGGAGGAAUUGGUUAAGUCUGAAGAUUGUACACCGUAUAAAUCGUUGAUAUCUAUAGACGAUGCAGGUAACACCAAUAGAUUCACAGAUUUCACAUCGCUGAUUGCAGGAACUUCAUCAAGAAUAUAAAUGAAUGUUAGAUAAUAAAUAGCAGCACACUGUUGAACAGCAAAC